AUGGGUCAACCGCGGAUGCCCAAGUCGCAAUGGCAAGGAGUUCUCAAAAACCUGCGUCGCAUCAAUGUCAAUGUGCAUCGGAAGCGCGAGUGUGACCUCUUCGCGAUGCUCUGGCGGAGGAAACAGACCUUCCACCUCGACGUGCUCUGGCUCGAGUUAUUCAGGUGCCCGGAGGUUAACGUGAACUUCCACCGCCGUCCAAAUUUCCCAGCGGCGUUCGUCCACAAUGAUGUCCCCGAGGGACUGGGUCCGGGACAAGAGCACCUGCCUCUUGUGGAUUCGGGUUGUCUGCGUUUUUGCUCUUACUUGAGCAAAGGGGCGUUGUGGGAGGCAAGGGUUCGCAAAGUUGUCGUUCGCGGCGCACAGGUUAUGUGGGAUAGGCUGGAGCGAGAGUACCAGGUUCCAGGUGGGCUCGGCCAUGAGGAGAUGGUACUCGUCGUGGACUCUUCGGGAUUAUGGUACAGGCCCCCGGACACGACUCUCACCUGCGCGCAUCGCCGCUUUGACGACCAUUUUGCCCAGCGCGAGUUUAACACGGGUUCAGAAGACGAGCUCAGAAACCGUCUUGGUGAGAGUGUCUGUCGAUGGGGUUUCGCACCAUUCGAUAUCACGACGUGUUGUUACACUAUCCGCCGCAUGACCAUCGUAUUCUGGAGUGGAUCGCCAGACACGCCGUGGACUCCACCAUGCGGUCACUUCCACGGCCAUCCCAUCACGGGCGAAAAUGAGGCCUCGAGCACGUGUUCGGCCUACACGCGCAUGUGGUUUGACCUGGUCGAGUUUGCUCAACAAACCGCCCUUGAGCGAAUGACGAUUGUCAACGGAGACGCGCUGGCAAUCCCCCCAGGCGCUCCGUCGGAUCAGACGCGCAUCGACCCCUUAUCAGAGUUGCGGCAACGCAUCCUCGGACCAUUCGAAGGCAGGGCUCCGGUCGAGCCCGAAGUCGCCAAUUCCGACUACGACGCCGCGCAGAGCGAUUCUGAGGGCGGCGAUUUAGAGCCCGCCGAAUCCUCUGACGGCGAGUCCGAUUACAGCCAGUCGCAGAGCGAUGGGGGUUACGGUUCGGACCCAGGCGAGUGGGACGGCUGGACGCUGGGACACAAGGACAACUUGGAUAGCGGCCGACCGCCGCAGUUGCUUAUUUCGAGCAUGGCGGAGUGGAUCGAAAGUGGAGAAUGGGAGGAUGUCUUCUCCAGGAAGGAGAUUCAGCCGUACUUGAACGCUGUUCGACAAGAACGAAGUUUUACCUAG